GGCCAAUGAGAGCAGGCGGGGUGGUGACCAAUGAGAGGGCGUGUCCAGCGCUGCAGACAGCCAAUGAGAGCAGGCGGGGUGGUGACCAAUGAGGGGGCGUGUCCAGCCUGGCAGACAGCCAAUGAGAGCCGGCGGGGCGGGGCGGUGCUUGGGGCCAAUGGGCGGAGCCGCUGCCCUGAGUUGACCCGCGGCCGUUAUUCCCCCCCUUUCCCCCCGCGGGAACGGCUUUACCGGGACCGUUCGACGCCAAAAUCCCCCGUUUUCCACCCAAAACCACACUUGUCCCCCACGUCCUUCCCCCCCCCCCCUCCUCCCCGCCGCUUCACCCAAUCCCGGCCGGUUUUACCCCGAAGGCACCGAGCGGCUCCGGGGCGGGCGGGCGCUGGGCUCGGCCGCUGCCGGUGGCUCCGGCGAGGGCAGCGCUGGUGCCGGUGCGGGAUGGAGCCGGGCUUCGAGCUGUGGCGCGAUUACCUGGGGCUGGCGGCCGUGGUGGCCGCGCUGCGGCGCACGGAGGGGGAGGCGGCGGCACCGGGGGGCCAGAACGGCGGCGGUACCGGUGCCGGUGGUGGCGGUGGAGGCUGCACCUUCUGCAGGCAAAACGGGGAAGCGAAGCAGGUUUACAACGGGCACCGGCUGCGGGACGCGGCGGGCCGGGUGCUGUGCCCGGUGCUGCGGAGCUACGUGUGCCCGCAGUGCGGAGCCACCGAGGACCGGGCGCACACGCGGCGCUUCUGCCCGCUCACCCGCCACGGCUACACCUCCGUCUACAGCCGGUCCAGCCGCGGCACCGGGAGCAGCGAGCGCUGACGGGCGGCACCGGGG